AUGGUGGAAUUCAAGGAUGUGUCUCAGUAUGAAUAUCUGGUUCGCAUAUCCACGCCCAACGCGGAAUCCGGCUUGUUUGGUUCUCGUCCGUAUAGACUGGAAUCAACUGAGGAAAAGAAUGGCGAAGCUCUUCAUAGCCACAUCGAUAAGGCAUGUGCCGUCUCAUACGCCAGCAUUUGCUCGCGUAUUCGCGAUCCAAGCCUGCCCCCAGUCUGUUAA